AGCCAUGCGGACUCAAGCCAAGAGAGAAGACGAUGAGCAUCCCACCUCGGGGUUCCCUGCGGAGGAAGGCUGGAAAUCUAGCUCCCUCGUCGCCCGAUUUUGUGAGAUUCAGCUGCGCUCGCUCUUGCGCCGAAUUACAGGGACGCACUGACUGUGACGUCGAAGACGAUCUGCUCACUGCUGCGAUCAGGUCAUGCCGACGAGCACAUGAUUGGCAGCAGGCUUUGGCACUGGUUGAGACUUCGUACAAGCGCGGUCGUAUCCCAAGUCGGUUCGCAUUCACUGCUGCCGUGGUCGUUUGUGGGAAGAGCGCGACUUGGCAAUCGGCCAUAGGGCUUUUAGAGAAAAUGCGGCUUAGGCAAGGGCAGCUUGACGACAUAGCCUUGUCGGCUGUGGUGCAUGCGUGUGUUAAAGGCAGCGCUUGGCAGGCAGCUCUCAGAAAUCCAGAGCUCACAUCGUACUUCGAUAGCAGCAAAGUCCAGAACUGGAGUCGAGCGCUUCGGCAAAAUUCUUGGGAGGUCGCGCUGCAGACGCUCCGGAUGCGCCUGAACGAGUUGCCAUCGAAAGCGACCUUUCGGAUUGUGUCCACCGUAACUCAUGGGGUUGUCAUUCAACUCCGCAGUCUCGUUCGAAUGUCGCUCUCCGUGGACGAAACCACUGCGGCUGCACUGGAGCGACAUUUGGGCUUGGCGGCGAGAGCCGGGGUGAUGGCAAACUUCUCAGACGAGGGUGCGCGGGCUGGGUACACAUUGAAACAUUUGCCGAGCCGCACCCAGUAUGUCACAAACACGUUGUUCCGAGCGUCGCAAUCAAAGUCUUGGCUCAGUGAGACUUUGCGCAGUCUUCUUGUAGGGCGACUCUGUUGCCAGGUACUUAGCAUAGGUGGCGGGCCAGGCUUCGAUUUUGCAGCCGCUGUUCUCUUGGCGAUGUGGCUGGCUCCUAUGGGAAGCCACCGCGUCACGAUCCAUGCUUGCAUUUUCGAUUAUGAACCUGGUUGGGCGGUCUGUGCCGACGCCGUGAGCAGUGCUGUACGCCAGAAGUUCGGACAGCACAAUCGCAGCAGUUGUGGUUUUGUCGACAUCCGGAAGCCCCUUGCGCACCCGAGCAACGCACCAUUCAAACUGGCCGCUGCAGGUCAGGAGGGUCAAAUGCUCGUCGUGGCCUCGUACGUCGUUUCUGAGAACGCGCGGGAGUUGGAGCGCACCAGGUUCGCUUUCUUCGAGGAGCUUUUUGCCAGUGCCUUGCCUGGUACCUUGUUCGUGUUCAUCGACACCACCCAUCGCGAGUGGCCAGACUUGCUGGAGGCGGCGUUCCGGGGCGCGUGGCGAUGUGGCCGUUCGCUGCUUGCCGAAUUGCGCCGCGUGGAGAGUCGACGAUCUAGGUCUCACGCCCUCUUCCUCCGGGUCGACCCAGAGACUCACGAGCGGCCCCAAGGCCAGAGUGCAGAACAGGCGUUCGCGGCGUUCGAGCAGGCCCUCCCCGCAGCCGAGCGGAUGCUGUGGGCCGAGUUCCGGGCCCACGCCGCAGCCCACGGCCGUGGAAUGAGCCAGCGGACUUCGGCCAUUUCGUGUUGAAGACCUUCGCGUCUCCAGGACUUCGACAAUCCCCAGACGUUUGAGCAACGUGCCUUAGCUGCUAUCUUUGGGACUUGAGGCUCCGCAGCGCAUGUGGGCUUCACGUUCACCAAGUAUCGGGGGAGAGGAGCGUCGCGUCCAC